AUGUACAAUCAUUGUGGACUGCGCAAUCACAUGGCUAUUAAAGACAGCUACCACUUCCGCCACCUUCUAUACCGCUUUGCUGCCCAUGUGACUGCAGGUGAAAAACUUAGCAAACAUGAGGAAGGAUGUCUGAAAAAGCUGGGCAACGACUGCAAUGCCUACUUGCAGAUGAAAGCCCAUGAUUGCUCCCACUACCGGCAAGUGUUGGCCACACUCACUGACUUAUUAAAGAGGUCAGGCCUGCCACAGGUGAGUGAAAAAAGCCCUGCAAAGAGUCCCAAAGACCACCUCCUCCUCGCUGUGGGUACCCAGGUAUAUAAGGUUUGCCCAGAUCCCGAUGCCCUCCUGCCCUAUCUUAUCAAGGACAACCCAAUGAUGCCUGUUGUCUAUAACCACCGGAUCAAGGUUGAUGUUGAUACAGCAGAUAAGGAAAAGUGGAUCAGUACAGGUCUCUACCUCUCUCCUGGUAUGAAGACCUACAUCGCUGUACCACCUCAGAUUGUCAAAAAGAAUUGGAAGAUUCAGAUAGGAUGUCAAACUGAUUCUCUGCACAAGAACGAUGUGCUGAAGAGACCACCGUCUGUCCAUGAGCGAUUUCCUGUCACCUCAGAGAUGAUACAAGUUUGGAACCUUUGGGGAGGACUCAUCUACCUGGUGGCCCCACCCAAAACACAAGUGAAGGGGUUGGAGGUCACAGCACAAAUGGCUGUACCUGCUCCAUACUAUAAGACUGGUGUAACAACUGCAGCUGAGUGGUCGUUGCUGCGCACAGCUCCUUCACCCUGGGCAGAGUUGGAGUUUGAAAACAUCAUCCUCACCGUACCGUCAGAUGCUGUUCGGCGUCUGGAGCGCCCUGACAAGGUGGCUGCUCUGUGGGAUGAAAUCAUGAGAGCCAUUGCAGAUCUGGCUGCCAAACCACACAAAUUUCCCCGCAAGGAGCGCUUUGUGGCAGAUGUGCAGAUUUCACACGGUUUUAUGCAUGCAGGUUAUCCUAUCAUGGUACAAAAAAACUCAGCUGCUAACCUGGUUGACGUUAAAAAAGGUAAAGGCAUGUGGGGCCCCAUCCACGAGUUGGGACACAACCAACAGAGAGGCUGCUGGGAGUUCCCACCACACACCACAGAGUGUACAUGCAACCUGUGGUCAGUGUAUGUGCACGAAGAGGUGCUGGGCAUCAAGAGGGAGAAGGCUCAUGGAGCUAUGACUGCAGCAAAACGACAAAGUCGAACCAAGGAAUACAUCGCAGGAGGCAGGAAACUUGAGAGCUGGAGCAUGUGGGUGGCUCUGGAAACAUAUAUGCAGCUCCAGGAAAAGUUUGGCUGGGAUGCCUUUAAGAAAGUGUUUACUGCGUAUCACCACAUGAAGGACUUCCCCAAGGACAAGAAAGGAAAAAUGAAUCUGUAUGCCGAGACUUUCUCCCAGACUGUGGGGAUGGACCUGACUGGCUUCUUUAAGGCCUGGGGAUGGCCAAUAGAAACGGCCACUAAAGGGAAGCUCUCCCAGCUGCCUUCCUGGAACGAUCACCCCAUGACCCAGUAUAACUAAACCUCAGACCACUGCAGUGUGCAGAGAAAUGGUUUCAACCAAUAUCUUAAUUUGAAGUGAAUGAUGAGCAACACGGUGAACUGAUUUGGUGUUUGGUGUUCUGUUUUAACAACAUUUAUUAGAGUAUCUGAAUAAAGAAACAAAUGAUGUGGUGAGGUUGUAGGUAUUGAAUUCAGUUUGAAUUAUUUUUCCCUGAUGUACCUGUACGGGGUAGGUACAGUAGGCUUUCACUUACUGCCAGGUACACUAGACAUUCGAUGAUAUCAAGAGUGGAUCUUUGACUUUGUUUUGUACAGGGCUGAAAUAAUAGCAAGGCAUUGCACUACUAUAGCAUACAACGCAAUAAACUUGCCUUACACUGUGCUCUACUGAAUACGUUCACUGCAACCCUUUCCUUAAAAAAUAGUAGUCUUUUAUGAGGACACAGGAUUUUUAUAAGGACACUUAUAUUAUUAGAAAUGUGGAUUUUCUUUAUGUGAAUAAGCAUAAUAUUGAAUCUCUCAUUUGCUCUGCUGCUGCAUUUUCAUGGUUGCAUUAUGUUGGGUUGCAAUAAAGAG